AUGGCAUACAACCAACAGGAAUUGUUCGACAAAGGCCUCAAGACCCGACGAGAGGUUGUCGGCAACGCUUAUGUGGACGCCUCCCUCAAGAAUGGCUCGAGCGAGUUCGCUUACCCAGGACAGCAGCUCGUGACUGAGUGGUGCUGGGGCAGUAUCUGGAACCGGCCGGGUCUGGAGCGAAAGCAGCGAAGUUUGCUCAAUAUCGGCAUGCUGAUCGCCUUGAAAAGCUGGCCUGAGCUUGGUGUUCACGUCCGCGGGACGAUCAAUAACGGCCUGACUGAGACGGAGAUCCGGGAAGCCAUUCUCCAGGCAAGCGUCUACAUUGGCGUCCCAUCUGGCAUUGAGGCCACAAAGGUCGCAGAGAGAACCAUCAAUGACAUGGUCGAGAAGGGUGAACACAAGAGGCAGUUGGCGGAGCAGUCGCCGCUUUUGAGCAAAAAGUCGUGA